AUGAAAGGUUCAUUUUGGAGUUUCAUCAAAUCUAAAAAAAAUGAUGACAAUGAAUCAAAACCAACGGUUGCACACUUGGGUGAAGAAAAUAAAUUUUAUUUUAAUAAAGAAUUAAAUAGAUGGGUUAUAAAAGGUGAAGAAGACAAAAUUGAAAAUGAAGAAAAAAUAUCUGCACCACCAAAAAUGAAUACAUUACAAAAUGCCAACCAGGGAUAUCGUUCGCUAGUUCAGCAAAACAAAAUGCGUAGCGCAUUUAAUAUUUAUGCCGAAACACCUGGGUUAAAAACUAUCAAAAAGAAAAAUGUGUUAGUCCAAGGUGGAAUCGUUUCUCCUUAUAUGGAAUCAUUAAAGAAUGAAAAAAGCAGUACAAGUAAUAAUAAUAAUAAUAAUGCAAGUGAUAACAAAACAGAAGAGUUUGGAUCUAAUAUUUUUAUUCCAAGCAGUAAUAAAGUUUAUGAAAAUAAAGUAAGAGAUAAUAAAUAUGUAGAAGAAAAUGAUGAAACUUAUAUAAAUAAUGAACAGAAAAAACAAAAAACAAGUACCUUAGAAAAUAAAAAUUAUAAUGAAGAAGUUAAUGAAAAAAAUAUGUUGAACUCAUCAUAUGAAAACAUAUCACCAUUAAAUAAAAAUACAGAAAUGGAUAUGUUUUUAAAACAACCAAGUUAUACUAAAAAUGAUGAGAAUAUGUUUGCAAAAGUAUAUUCUAAUGAAAAUAUUAUUGAUACAUUAAAUAAAAAUAAUAAUUUAGAUAAAACAUUUAAUGAUAAUAUAUCUAAUGAAAAUAAUAAUUUUGGAUAUUCUAAAAAUGAAGAAUCUAAAAUUAUGACACCUAUUCAAAGUAAUAUGCAUAUACCAGUAAUAAGUAGAAGAGAAACAAAACCAACUAGUUUUGAUAAUCUACAUAAAUUUUAUGAAAUUAAAAAACCUGAGACAAAAGAAAUAAAAUCUCUUAAGGUCGUAUGGAAUCCAAAUAACGAUGUAGACAAUCGAACGGAUAUAUACAACAACAAUAAUAAUAUUAUUAAUAAUAAUAUUAUUAAUAAUAAUAUUAAUAAUAAUAAUAUUAAUAAUAAUAAUAAUGUUGAAAAUAUGUAUGAAAAGAAAGAUAAAAGUGUUCAAGAUAAUAUUUAUAAAGUUUCUAAUUCUACAUUUUUAAGCCCUUUUGGAGAAUCAAAAAAUGAAACAUUUCCCCGCAAAAGUAUGGUUCAUAUAAAUAGUUUUGAAAAUAUGAAAAAUGUUGAAGAGGAUGAAAUUUAUGACGGUAUGAAUAAAAUAAAUGUUCCUUCGGAAUCAAAUGAUAGAUAUGACGAAAUGAAUAGUUCAUUUUUUAUACCUGAGGAUAUGGAGAAUAUAAAUAUGAGCAAAAAGAAGAAGAAUAUUAACGUUGAUAAAAACAAUAUUAACGAUACUUACAAUAAUAUUAAUGAUACUUACAAUAAUAUUAAUGAUACUUACAAUAAUAUUAACGUUGAUAACAACAAUAUUAAUGAUACUUACAAUAAUAUUAAUGUUGAUAACAACAAUAUUAAUCUUACUUACAACAAUAUUAAUGUUGAUGAGUAUAAUAAAAUUCUUGAUCAUGAUAGUCCUAACAGUGAUAAAAAUAAUGACACGGAUCUCCCUCAUGAUAAUUACAUAAAUUAUGCUAAAGAUUAUUUUUCCAAUAAAGAAAAAGAGCUUGUUGAACAUUUUAUAUCAAUUUUAAAAAAACAAUUAAAUGAGGAUAAUAAUUUUAUUAAUAGUUUGAUAAAGACACAAACAGAAAAAGUGAAUUCAUUUGUUAAUGAAAAUAAAAGAUCAUUAAAUAUGUUAUACAAUAAAAUUAACGAAUUUGAUAAAUAUAAAAAUAUUGAUAAUAUGGAUAAUAAUGUAACAGAAAAAAAGUUGAAUAAUAAUUUAGAUAAUAAUAGAGAUAUAUGUUCAACUGAUUUAAAAGAAGAAGAUAUUUUAAAUGAAAAAGGUAAAGAAUUAAAUAAUUUAUUAUACAUUAUAAAUAUAAAGAAUAAGAAAAUAAAAAGCGAACUUGAAUGUUUUAUUAAUUCAUUUAAUAAUUUAAAAAAGUUAAAAGUGAAAAAUGAAGAAAUUAUUAACAUAUAUAAAACGAGAGAAAAGGAAUUAAUUGAUGCUAUUAAUGAAUUAGAAGAAAAAUAUGAAAAAAAAAAUUGUCUAUUUAAAAAAAAAGAAAAAUAUUACAAAGAAUUAAUUAUACAAAAAGAUAAUAAUUUAAAUAUAGAACAAAUGAAUUAUGAAAAAAAAGUGCAAUAUUUAAAAAAACAAGAAAAUUUAUUAAAACAAGAAUUAAAACAAGUACAAAUAAAAACAAAAGAAUUUAUGAUUACAUUUAAAGAAGAAUUAGAAAAAAAAUAUCAAGACGAAACAAAAGAUAAACUUGAAGAAAUCAAAACAUUAACAGAAAAUGAUUUUCAUUCGAGAUUAGAACAAUAUAAAGAACAAAUAGAAAAAGAUAAAAAUGAUUUUAUAAAUAAUUUAAUUAUUGAAAAAAAUAAUGAAAUAGAAAUAUUUAAAAAUAAUAUAGAAAAAAUGAAAAAUGAAGAAAUAUCUAAAAUUAAUGAAGAAAAUCAAAAGGUUUGGACACAAAAUAAAGAAAAAGAUAAUUUAUUAGAACAACAAAAAAAAGAUUUAGAAAAUAUAAAAGAACAAUGGGAAAUAGAAAAACAAAAAGAAAUUGAAGUCUUAAAAAAUGAAAUAUAUUCACAAAAUAAAGAAAAAGAAGAAUUCAUAAAACAAGAAUUACAAAAUAAUUAUAAUGAACAAAUUAAUCAAUUAAAAGAAGAACUAAAUGAACAAUUACAAGAAAAAUAUAAAAGUGAAUAUGAAAUAAAAAUUCAAAAUGUUUUAAAUAGAGAACAAGAAGAAAAGCAACAAAAAUGGGAUCAUGAAAAAAAACAAAUUAUACAAAUGUAUGAAGAAAAAUUAUUAUUACAAAAAGAUAAUAUAGAACAAACUUUAAAUAUUCAAAAUCAACAAUUGCAAGAAAAUAUAAAAUUACAAAAAGAUAAACAAAUAGAUAUUCUAAAUGAAAAAAUUGAUAAAUUAGAUAUGGAAACAAAAUUAUUAAAUGAAAAAAACAAUGAACUAGAAAUUAGUAUAUCUUUAUUAAAUGAAGAAAAUGUUAAUAUAUUAAAUCAAAAUCAAAAUCUAGAGGAUACUUAUCAAAAAAGAAUAAGUAUAUUGAGUGAUCAAAAUUGUAAACUGGAAGAGCAAAUGAAAAAAAUAAAGCAAGACCACACUAAGGAGUCUGAAGAAAUUCAAGAAAAAUUUGCAGAUCUACUAGAAGAAGAAAUCGAUCGAAUCAGGAAAGAAUCCGAAUCAAAGGUCGAAAGUUACAUAAAACAAUAUGUAGAGAUAAACGAAGAAUAUAUCAAAAAAAAAGAAGAGUAUGAUCAAUUGCUAGAAAAAGCCAAUCAAAAUAAUAAAGAAUUAACAAAAAAAUAUGAAGAAAAUAUUCAGAAAAUUAACGAAUAUGAAGAUAUGAUUAAAACACUUGAAAAUAAAACCGAAGAAAUGGUGCAAACAAAAAUAGAAGAAUUAACAAUAGAAUAUGAAAAAAAAAAAAGAGAUUUUAUAGAUAAUGAAAAACAAGUUUUAUUAAAUAAUUAUGAAGAAUUGUUAGAAGAAAAUAAACGUAUGAAAGAAGAAUUAGGAAUUCAAGCAAAUAUAACUAUGAAAGAAAAUGAAGAGACCAUUUUAGAAAUAACAAAAAAUUAUGAAAUGAAAGUUAAAGAAAUUGAAAAAGAUUAUGAAGAUUUAUUGAAUCAAUAUAAUAAUAUAAAAUAUGAAAAUAAAGAAAUAUUAGAAAAAUGGAAUAUAGAAAAAGAAACAACAGAAAAAGAAUUAAAACAUUUAAAUAAUAUUAAUACACAGUUAAGUUCAGAAAAUAAUGAAUUCUAUCAAAAUUAUAAAAAACUGGAAGAAAAAAAUUUAAAAUUACAAAAUACAUAUGACGAAUUAAUGGAAAAAAAUAACGUUCUAAACAAUGAAGAACUUAAACAAUUAAGAGAUAAAUUAAAAAAUGUUGAAAAUAUUAAUAAAAAUUUAAUGGAUGUUACUGAAAAAGAAAGAUUACUUAAUUUGAAAAAUGUUAAUAUUAUUAAAUCCUUACAACAACAAAUUAAUGAACAAACCAAAUUAUAUAAAGAAUAUACAGACGAAUUAAAUAAUGAAAUCAAAACGUUAAAACAAUCAAAACAAAAUCAUACAGAUAAUACAAGUAAUAAUGAUAAUAAUAACAUUCAACUUAUAGAAGAAAAUAAAAAACUCAAGUUACAAAAUGAAGUUAUAUCAACCAAAAAUGAUACAAUUUCAACAGUUUUAGACAACUUAACUAAAAGAUUAAGUUUUAUAGAAUCCAAAAUUAAAGAAAAAGAUUUGGGACUAGAUAUUAUUAAACAAGCGGAUCAUUUACAAUUACAAGAUUUUAAAUGA